AUGACCGUCACCGCGCAACAACUUGAUGAAACUCUUUCUGAGGCCAAUUUGUCAAAGGACAAAUUCACUCCAAUUGAGCACUCCAACAUACCAUUUGAAGAGGAAGAAUGGCCCGUCAUCAUCAUUGGCUCUAGUAUGGUCGGAAAGACUCUCAGUCUUCUCCUCGGGUACCACGGGUGCGGCUAUAUCGGUGAUAUGUGUACUAUUUCGCGGAAUUUGACGCUAACGCUCCGCAGUGUCAAAUCGAUUUCCUUUGACCGCCAUUCCAAGGCAGGUGCUCAUCCUAGAGCGGCUGGACUCAACUUCCGAACGAGCGAGAUCCUUCGCCAACUCGGACUGGAAGACUUUACUCUAGAACAGAGCGGAAAAGAAUUUGAUCUUAAUGCUGGCAUGCUCAUCGUUGAAAAACUCGUUGGAGGCAGGGUGAUCAAGCAUAUCCAAGAACAUGAUCCUGAGCGUCUCAAAACGUUUACUCCUUCGAAUUGGCUGUGGAUCUCUCAAAGAAUGUUCGAACCGAUCCUAGGCGCAAACGCAGACAAGUUCAAUAGCGAGCAACACCACGGGCAUGAAGUUCUCCUAUACGAUGAACAAGAAGACCAUGUAGCUGUGGUUGUGAGGGAGUUAAGCACUGGGAAGAUCAUGAAGUAUAAGGCGAUAUAUGUCGUUGCUUGCGACGGUAACCGCAGCCCAACCCGCCAAAAAGAAGGCAUCAGCUGGGAAGGACCCGGGAUUCUUCGAAACAGUCUCGGAGUACGCUUCAAAUCGGACCUGAGUCCAUUUAUAGGCAAAAGAAUGGUACAUGGCGUUGUCUACGUUGCAAACGAGGAGAUUGGUGGCGGCUUUCGACUCGAAAACGAGGGAAAAGAUGGCAUCAUCAUGGUCAACAAUGUCGGGCCAAAGACUAGCUUCGAACCAGGAUCUGUUACUGAAAACGACGCUAAGGAAUACUUUCACCAACUUUCCGGCCUUACACCUGACCAAGUCACCCCUGAAAUUGUCUCAAUAAACUACUGGACGAUGGCAGCGUACUAUGCAGGCAAGCUCGAGAGCAAAGGCGGUCGAGUUUUCCUCGCCGGAGAUUCGGCCCACACCAUGCCCCCAACUGGAGGUUUAGGUGGAAACACAGGAGUGGCCGAUGCUCAUAACCUUGCUUGGAAGCUCGCAUACGUUUUAUCCGGAAAAGCCUCACACUCCCUUCUUGCUUCCUAUAACAUAGAACGACAACCGAUUGACCAGUUUACCGUUUAUCAGGCUUAUUAUCGGUUCCAAAACCGUAUCGUUCUCCAGCAGCCGCCAGCUUUAGAAGCCCCCGACGAGUCUAUUGAGCUAGGAUAUAGAUAUCCUGAGGGUGGAGCUUUUGUCCUCGAGGACAGCUACCCAGUUCCUAUAGAGCCCUAUGAUGAUCCUGCCCGUCCAUCCGCAGUUCCUGGAUCUCGGUUCCCUCAUUCUUAUAUCCAAGAGACCAAGGGGCUCUGCAAGACACUUUCCACAAUUGACUUAGUCAAGCAGAAUUUCCUGCUAAUCACCAUCGACGACGACUCACCGUGGAUUGCUGCGGCUAGGCAAAGCCCUAUUUUGCUCGACAUGUACACCUUGAAUGCAUGCUCAUCUCCAUAUAGAGAUCCUACGGGGGACGUGGGGAGAAAAUGCCGUCUGAAGCCCGGUGAGGCAAUUCUCGUACGACCUGAUGGUUUCAUUGCAUGGCGCGGCGCAAGAGUGGAUGGUGGUCAUGGGCAGCAGUUGAAAGAUGGACUUCAAAUGAUUUUACGAAGAUAA